CUUCGCCGAUCGUCUGCGGCACCCGGCCGGUGAGCGGGCGAGCCAUUCAUCUCUCUCUUCAUCGCUUCUCGCUCUGUGCCAGUAAGGAGGCCUUCGUCUUCCCCUGCGAAGCACCGGAGCCGGCGAAUCCAAUCCGAACCUCGGCGACUCCUCCGUACGAUUUCACCCUCCGUCAGAGGAAAAUGCGAAGAACGAUGAGGAGGAGCUUGUCCCUGCUCUCCGGCGGGAGCGCCGGCCGCACCUGUUCGCCGUCGCUCUUCGCGCGGGGGACGGGCGAGGCACCGUGGGGCGCUCCCCUCCGCCGCCGCUUCUCCUCCACCGACGGCGGCGACGGCUCGAGGAUGAAGAUCUUCGACCGCGACCUCAAACGGAAGCACCGUGAUCGAGCUGCGUGGUUGAUGCGCCCCGGUGAUUGUUUCGUCGAUUCCGUCGCGGAGAAUUUGUUGGAUCGCUUGGAGGACUGCAAGAAGACAUUUCCAACAGCAUUGUGCUUGGGUGGUUCCUUGGAAGCUGUCAGGCGCUUGUUACGUGGUCGUGGUGGCAUUCAAAAGCUCAUUAUGAUGGAUAUGUCAUGUGACAUGAUUCAACAGUGCAAAGAGCGGGAGCAAGAUAAAUCUGAUAAGAACAUUGAGACGCUGCAUGUUGUUGGUGAUGAAGAGUUUUUGCCUAUGAAGGAAAGUUCUCUAGAUCUGGUUGUCAGUUGUUUGGGUCUACACUGGACAAAUGAUCUUCCUGGAGCGAUGAUUCAGUGUAAACUGGCAUUGAAGGCUGAUGGCCUCUUUCUAGCAGCUAUUUUGGGUGGAGAAACCUUAAAGGAACUGAGAAUUGCAUGCACUAUAGCACAAAUGGAACGUGAAGGAGGCAUCAGUCCAAGAUUAUCUCCUCUGGCACAAGUGCGAGAUGCUGGUAAUUUGUUGACUAGAGCAGGUUUCUCCCUUCCAGGUGUCGACGUGGAUGAAUAUGUAGUGAGAUAUAAAAGUGCUUUUGAGCUGAUAGAACAUCUCAGGGCAAUGGGCGAGACUAAUGCUCUUCUACAAAGGAUUCCUAUUCUAAAAAGGGAAACAGCUCUGGCAACUGCAGCAAUCUAUGAGUCGAUGUUUGCUGCUGAAGACGGUACCAUCCCUGCAACUUUCCAGGUAAUCUAUAUGACGGGAUGGAAGGAGCAUCCAUCUCAGCCAAAAGCCAAACAAAGGGGAUCUGCGACCAUAUCCUUCAUGGACAUCCAGAAGCAGUUUGGGGAUGGAAGUUAAUCACUCCCUAUUUCGAAAGAUUGAAAAUUUACCUUUGUCAGGUGUCCAGUGCCUGAAAGUUUGGACGGUCUUGCCGGAAAGAGAAGGUGUGACUUCCCAUCCAAGAACCUCGGACUAGUGCUUUCUUGGAUGUAUUUGUCAUUGAUAGGGGAUAGAUAGGAUGAAGAAGGAAUACAAGAUCCAUCGUGUUUGCCGCGUGAGAGUAUUCAUGUAAAGAUGCGGUUUGCGUCCGAGGAUCCAAUGCGGAAGGAUCCCCUGAAAACUCUCCAAAAUCAGGUCUGCGGAUAGACUGCACUUUUUGCACAGCACUGCUGUCCAGUAGAAUAACCACGUGGGGUAGCAACUCUCCUCGUCUUUUCAAGUGCUAGAAUUUUUCAUUUGGUUCCCGCCAAGUCUCUCUUCUUUACGUUAUCGGCACAACUUGGAUGGUUUUAGAGGCCUUGCAGUUUCUGCACAAUUCCAUAUCUGUAAUAAAGCACCAGAUGGACAGCUAUGUUGCAAGCAUAGAAGCAUAACGUCGAAUAUCGAGUGCCUGUAGCAUGCAAGAAUCGAAUUCAUGUUCUCAA